AUGCCGUCUUUUCGGCUGAGGGACGACGAGACCUUGGAUAUACACCUUGAAAAGGUGACCGAGCGAGGGUCUCUUGAAGUCGUUGUGGAUGAUUCUGGGUACGCAUUUUUGAACUCCUAUUCUCUGCACCAGACCAGUACACACACCAGCGUGAAGCGUACACUGGCACUGGGUCACGCACACGAGCAAGCGUCUCCGUAG